CUUCCGUCCUUUUUAUUCUCUCCUCUUCAAUCAACAGCCACUGGGCCAAGACAUGUGUUUCUUCACGUGCAUGGUUUGGGGGACGGCGGCAGGCCUCCCGACUUUGGUUGGCAUUAGCCAUCUUGGGCCACUUGCGCUUCACCAAAUGUGCAUUUCGAUGCGCAAAUCCUAGAACCUCUUCUCCUCUUCUCUUCCUUCUCCCCUACGUGCCAUUUGAUGCGCCAAAUGAACCUAUGUAUUCUUCGCCCAAUGCAUCCCACGGCGAACUCGAGAAGUUCCCGGACCUCGACGAUGCCGUGCUCCCUGAGAUAGCGAUUGACACGUCUCCCACGCCCCCCGCCUCAUCGAACAAUCACGAUGCGGGGAUGAGGAGUCUGGAUCACUAUAGACGUAAACUCCCACCAUGGCGAUACAAGUUGCGCCAGUCCCUUCUGCCCCUUAUACGGCUGGAGACUCCAUACUUGGCCUGGAUGCAGGAUAAAAUGCGCUCACCAGCACUCGACUCCUACUUCGCCAUCACUGCCAACCUCGGAACCCAUACCUUCUUCAUGGUCGUCCUGCCCAUCCUCUUCUGGUGCGGAUAUACUUCACUUGGCCGCGGAAUGGUACACAUCCUCGCGAACGGCGUCUUCUUUACAGGCUUCCUCAAGGACAUGUUAUCACUUCCUCGGCCUCUCUCGCCCCCUCUCCACCGCAUAACUAUGUCUGGAUCUGCGGCGCUCGAAUAUGGCUUCCCGUCUACCCACUCCGCCAAUGCCGUCUCCGUGGCAGUCUAUGCGCUCUUCACUCUUCGCGCACCGGACUGCCCCCUCGCCCCAACCACGAAGCUCAUUCUCGAAGGUCUCUCCUAUGCAUACGCCCUCUCCAUUAUUCUUGGGCGCCUGUACUGCGGCAUGCACGGCUUUCUAGAUGUCAUAAUCGGGUCUCUGAUGGGUGCCACCAUCUCCAUCAUCGAGUGCGUCUACGGCGGCGACAUCGACAACUACCUCCACAACUCGUCCUGGCGCGCCCCGCUCCUCGUCGCAGUCGUAAUCAUCAUCCUGGUUCGCAUCCACCCCGAACCCGCAGACGACUGCCCCUGCUUCGACGACUCAGUCGCCUUCGCCGGCGUCAUGAUAGGUUGUGAACUCGGCGACUGGCACUACAGCAACUCGUCAUUCUCGUGGUCCCACCCCGUCCCAGCCACCGUGCCUUUCUCCCUCGACCACAUGGGUUGGCCCAUGGCUAUCACGCGCAUCCUCGUCGGCGUCCUCAUUAUCUUCAUGUGGCGCGAAGUCAUGAAGCCAGCCAUGCUCAAGUCGCUUCCCCACCUCUUCCGCUUCAUCGAGCAGUUCGGCCUCAUUCUGCCUAGGAAGUUCUUCAUGCCCGCUAGCGAGUACAAGAAGAUCCCUGCAAGCCUGCGUGUCGAUAACGUCAUGCCCAGUGUCUCAGAUCUGCCGUCGUUGCUGACGUCCAUCCGUCAUCCUGGUCGCGGACGCGCCGUCUCCAUCGGUCCGCAGUCUGCAGCUGAUGCAUACGAGACGCUCGCGUACCGGGACAAGCGCCGACGCGAGAGCAUGGGGACGCCAUCGCCGAGCCACUCUCGGGGUAGCUCGACGAACAAGGCCACACAUGUACAAACCGUCGGGUCGGAGGCACAGGGACUGAAGCUGGACACUGGCGAGGGGGGAGGGCUUUCGUCGCAGAUUUCUCUGCCGAAUGGGGUGCCUACGUCGUUGCAGAGCAGGUUGGGGGGUUAUGAGCAGAUGAUGGGGCAGGGACAUGUUAUUGUUAGCCCGCCGACGCCGAGUACUGAGGAGAGGGUCCCGCAGGAUUGGGAUGCGACGAAGUUACGUGGGGAUAGGGGGACGGAGGGGGACCUUAUGGUGGGGACGGAGAAUGAAUUGGGUGAGAGAGAGAUGUUUUCGAGGUUGGAGAAGCCGAGAGUUAGGUAUGAUGUGGAGGUCGUUACGAAGUUGGUUGUUUAUACAGGAAUCGGUUGGUUAGCAGUUGAGAUCAACCCCAUCAUCUUCGAACUGCUCGGCAUAGGAAUGAGGGAGCACAGUCCGUACGUGUAAUGACGAAGGCGCAAGUGGCAACGACAUACAUAGAACGAUAGAGGCUGAAACGGGGGGAGGCGAUGGAUUGGGGGCCUCGCCCCGUGUACAUUACCCAAUCUCAUGAUACACAGUUGAUGGGCAGACAGCGCCUGACUGCAUUCUGGCUGAUGACAGACACUGAGUGGUGGGUUCCGGCGCUGGGAGACUGACUGGUGGGAGACGUGGGGUUGGAUACUUAUGACUGACGGACGUGUCUGAGACACUAGCAUUAUCAGCGGACAUAGUAGAUUGCAAAGAUAGACUGCGGUGCGCUGAUAUAUAUAUAUAUAUAUAUGUGCCCUUCAUCAAUCUAAUCCUUAUCCCGGUCCUCGUCUUACUCAGUUCCUCCCCGUCAUCUCUGUUCCCGGAGUCCCAAACUUGGUUAAACUGCUGAUGGGGACGCUAAUCUCACCUCGGCGGAGAGGCGCUCUGUGAGCUCAUGACCACCAUAUGAUCUCCAUUCAUUGACGCCCUUUCACCAGGAGAAAAGGAGGCAUUGAGGCAAAAGCCUUCAGGAACCAGCGAGUAGAUAAUGUCCGACGCCCUGCUUUGUCGAACGAGAGGUUUAUUUCUACCAAGGUAAAAACUUAACUAAAGCUAGGAUGCAAAACGAAAGCAAAGGAUACGUUAAGCAACAGUACAAACGCGGCAAACGCUUUGAAUAUCCGCGGUCUUAGAGCGUACUUAAUUACUAUGCUGUGAAACAUAGUAAUUAUCGUUAUUCGAGUAACACUGGUCGUAUGCACAACAAUCAUAAUUUAAAAAUAGGAG